AUGCAUCUACUUUAGGGCUCAGUACUGUUUUGGCCAAACUAGAUGAGAACAAUAGAGAGUAUAUUGGUGUUUAUACUAGUAGAAGUAUAAAUAAACCAAAAAAAAAUUAUUUGGUUCCUGAGUUAGAAUGUUUGGCUGUAAUUUGGCUUAAAGACAAGCAUGCCAGAAUGUAUACUCAUGAACAGGAAGAUCAACAAAUAGUAUACAUGCUAGAUAUAGGAGAUGAUGAUUUAGUAAAAAGUGAAAUCACAGUAAA